ACACACACUCUCAUCUCUCUCUCGUGUUGUCUCCUCAUUUUCCUCUCCCACUUCCCCCUUCCUUUGACCACUUGGUCAGUCAUACCUCUUCUCUCUCUCUCUCUCCUCUUUUCCACUGUCAUUUUCUCUCUCUCUCAUCCCCCUCCCAUCUUCCUCUUCCCGGCUACCAAUGCUCUCUGAAACUCUCUCCUUGAACCCAUAACCCAACCGACAUUGUCAGUUCUUUGGCACAAUAAAAAUCAAGAAAAUUCACUUACCCAAAUUCCCUCUCCGGCUCUCCCCUCAGAUCCCUCUCUCUCUCUCUCUCUAAACUUGCAGUUUCUGCUCAAGCUCCCAUUUACCCAUCAAUGAAGAAAAACCAACAAACAAAGAUCGCACCUUUGUUUGAAUAGCUGGUGUUUUUUCGAUUUUUCUGUUCACUCUGUUUUCGAAAUGGCGGAGAAUACAGAACCGGUGAAAGCAAUGCCGGAGUUAUCUGACAAGAAGAAGGAGCAGAGCCUGCCAUUUUACGAGCUGUUCUCGUUCGCCGAUAAGUACGACUGGGCUCUCAUGAUACUGGGGAGCGUCGGAGCCGUUAUCCACGGCUCCUCGAUGCCCAUCUUCUUCCUCUUGUUCGGCGAAAUGGUUAAUGGCUUUGGGGAGAACCAAUCUGAUUUGACCACCAUGACCCAGGAAGUUUCAAAGUAUGCCUUGUACUUCGUCUAUCUCGGGUUGAUUGUGUGUGUUUCCUCUUAUGCUGAGAUUGCUUGUUGGAUGUAUACGGGGGAGAGGCAAGUGGGUACUUUGAGAAAGAAGUAUUUGGAGGCUGUGUUGAAGCAGGACGUUGGAUUCUUUGACACAGAUGCUAGAACAGGUGAUAUUGUUUUCAGCGUUUCGACGGAUACUCUUCUCGUUCAAGAUGCCAUUAGUGAGAAGGUGGGAAAUUUCAUCCAUUAUCUCUCCACUUUUCUGGCCGGAUUGGUGGUUGGUUUUGUGUCAGCAUGGAGAUUAGCUUUGCUUAGCGUGGCAGUGAUUCCGGGCAUCGCUUUUGCUGGGGGCUUGUAUGCAUAUACUCUCACUGGUCUCACAUCCAAGAGCCGAGAAUCAUACGCAAAUGCUGGCAUUAUUGCUGAGCAGGCCAUUGCCCAAGUUAGGACAGUUUAUUCGUAUGUUGGCGAGACCAAGGCCCUAAACUCCUACUCAGAUGCAAUCCAACACACAUUGAAGCUGGGAUAUAAGGCCGGGAUGGCCAAAGGACUAGGGCUGGGAUGCACCUAUGGAAUAGCAUGCAUGUCAUGGGCCCUAGUUUUUUGGUACGCUGGUGUUUUCAUCAGAAACGGGCAAACAGAUGGAGGGAAGGCAUUCACCGCUAUCUUUUCUGCAAUUGUUGGGGGCAUGAGUUUGGGUCAAUCGUUUUCGAACCUUGGAGCUUUUAGCAAAGGCAAAGCUGCUGGGUACAAGUUAAUGGAGAUUAUCAAGCAAAGGCCAACCAUUAUUCAAGAUCCUUCAGAUGGGAAGUGCUUAGCUGAGGUCAGCGGGAACAUUGAGUUCAAAGAUGUAACUUUCAGCUACCCGUCACGGCCAGAUGUUGUCAUAUUUCGGGAUUUCUCUAUUUUCUUCCCUGCUGGAAAGACAGUUGCAGUUGUCGGUGGAAGUGGGUCUGGAAAAAGCACUGUUGUCUCCUUGAUAGAAAGGUUUUAUGAUCCUAAUCAAGGGCAAAUUUUACUUGACAAUGUGGAUAUAAAGACACUACAGUUGAGAUGGUUGCGUGAUCAAAUGGGACUGGUGAAUCAAGAGCCUGCUUUGUUUGCUACCACCAUAAUUGAGAACAUUUUAUAUGCAAAGCCUGAUGCAACAAUGAUUGAAGUAGAAGCAGCUGCUUCUGCUGCGAAUGCACAUAGUUUCAUUACCUUGCUUCCUAAUGGGUAUAACACUCAGGUGGGAGAAAGAGGAGUCCAACUCUCUGGUGGUCAAAAACAGAGAAUUGCAAUCGCAAGAGCCAUGUUGAAAAACCCAAAAAUCCUUCUCCUCGACGAAGCAACAAGUGCCCUUGAUGCAGGUUCAGAGAGCAUCGUUCAAGAAGCUCUAGACCGACUAAUGGUUGGGAGGACAACGGUAGUUGUUGCCCAUCGCCUCUCCACCAUAAGAAAUGUCGAUUCAAUUGCUGUUAUACAGCAUGGGCAAGUUGUCGAGACAGGAACCCACGAGGAACUAAUUUCGAAAGGCGCGGCGUAUGCCUCACUAAUUCGAUUCCAAGAAAUGGUGGGAAACCGUGACUUCUCAAAUCCUUCAACCAGGCGUUCACGCUCAUCACGACUAAGCCACUCCCUUUCUACCAAAUCUCUUAGCCUUCGUUCCGGCAGUUUGAGGAAUUUGAGCUACUCGUAUAGCACUGGGGCGGAUGGUCGGAUUGAGAUGAUCUCCAAUGCUGAAACAGAGAGAAAAAACCCUGCACCUCAUGGGUACUUCUGCCGGCUUCUGAAGCUAAAUGCUCCCGAAUGGCCUUAUUCUAUAAUGGGUGCUGCGGGAUCAAUUCUCUCUGGUUUUAUCGGUCCAACAUUUGCUAUCGUGAUGAGCAAUAUGAUUGAGGUGUUCUAUUACACAGAUCCUGCAAGCAUGGAAAGGAAGACAAAGGAGUACGUUUUCAUCUAUAUUGGUGCAGGUCUUUACGCCGUCGUGGCAUAUCUGAUACAGCAUUAUUUCUUCAGUAUUAUGGGGGAGAAUCUCACCACUAGAGUGAGGAGGAUGAUGCUUGCAGCAAUACUGAGGAAUGAAGUCGGAUGGUACGACGAGGAGGAACACAACUCGAGUCUCGUGGCAGCUCGCCUAGCCACGGACGCUGCCGACGUGAAAUCCGCCAUCGCCGAGAGAAUCUCAGUCAUACUGCAGAACAUGACAUCCCUUCUCACCUCCUUCAUAGUUGCUUUCAUAGUGGAAUGGAGGGUCUCCCUUCUCAUUCUAGCCACCUUCCCUCUCCUCGUCCUGGCCAACUUUGCUCAGCAACUCUCUCUCAAAGGCUUUGCUGGAGACACUGCCAAGGCACAUGCAAAGACCAGCAUGAUAGCAGGGGAAGGAGUGAGCAACAUCCGAACGGUCGCCGCCUUCAAUGCCCAAGAUAAGAUCCUCUCUCUCUUCAGCCAUGAGCUCCGAGUCCCACAACUCCACAGCCUCCGCCGCAGCCAAACCUCUGGUGGCCUCUUCGGUUUCUCUCAACUCGCUCUCUACGCCUCCGAAGCCUUAAUACUCUGGUACGGAGCCAACCUCGUACAAAAAGGCGUCUCCACCUUCUCAAAAGUCAUCAAGGUUUUUGUAGUCCUAGUCAUCACAGCAAAUUCGGUUGCCGAAACAGUCAGUCUUGCCCCUGAAAUAAUCCGGGGUGGUGACGCCGUCGGAUCUGUAUUCUCUAUCCUUGAUCGUUCAACCAAGAUUGACCCGGAUGAUCCGGAUGCUGACUCGGUUGACUCGGUUCGCGGAGAAAUCGAGCUUCGCCAUGUGGACUUUUCCUACCCGUCGCGACCGGAUAUUCUUGUUUUCAAGGAUUUCAACCUUAGGAUCCGAGCAGGCCAGAGCCAAGCUCUCGUUGGAGCAAGUGGGUCCGGAAAGAGUUCCGUGAUCGUGUUAAUAGAACGAUUUUAUGACCCUUGUGCCGGAAAAGUUAUGAUUGAUGGGAAAGACAUCAAACGGUUGAACUUAAAGUCACUCAGGCUUAAAAUAGGAUUGGUUUCGCAAGAACCAGCCCUCUUUGCAGCGAGCAUUUUCGAAAACAUAGCCUACGGGAAAGAUGGAGCAACUGAAGCAGAGGUCAUAGAAGCUGCUCGAGCGGCAAAUGUGCAUGCCUUCAUUAGCGGACUACCCGAAGGGUACAAAACCCCGGUCGGAGAGAGAGGGGUUCAGCUCUCUGGAGGGCAGAAACAAAGGAUCGCUAUCGCACGUGCCGUUCUAAAGGACCCCGCGAUACUCUUACUGGACGAGGCCACCAGCGCGCUCGACGCAGAAUCCGAGUGCGUUUUGCAAGAGGCCCUCGAGAGGCUCAUGAGGGGUCGAACCACCGUGCUCGUGGCCCACCGGUUGUCAACGAUCAGGGGGGUGGAUAGCAUCGCAGUGAUCCAAGACGGGCGGAUCGUGGAACAAGGUAGCCAUUCGGAACUAGUCAGCCGGCACGAGGGGGCUUACUCCAGACUCCUGCAGCUGCAGCUCCACCACAUUUGAUCAAGUCUUUUUUUGUUGAUUGUAGCCAUAAAAGAUUCCUCUAUCUGGGAUGGUGGUAAUUAUGUUUGGGUCCCAUUAACCUUUUUUUUUUCCUUUUUCUUUUUCUUUCUUUCCCUUUUAUUGAUUUCCCUUUUGAAUGAUCUUGAUGCUGAUAGUUUUGUUUGUAGAUAAUGGGGAUGUGAUAGAACAUAUCCAGGUACUACUCCAUUCCCAAAGGAGAUGCAUAUGCUAUAUUAUUAGUCAUGUUUAUCUC